AUGGCUAGCAAGCUACAGAACGCAGCAAGUCUAACAAUCCGAGGAUUACAACAAAUCACUGAUAACUUUUCCGAGGAGCGGAAAAUUGGUCAAGGCGCGUAUGGAACGGUCUACAAGGGGGUGCGUGCUAAUGGAGAAAAGAUUGCUGUGAAGCUGCUCCAUAACAAGAUGCCAGGAACUGACGAUGAGGAAUUCAAUCGGGAGUUCCAAAACCUUAUGAGGCUCGAGCAUCACAAUGUUGUAAGGUUAGUUAGCUACUGCUACGACACACAACAUAAAGCUAGAUUGCACGAGGGAAAAACCAUCUUUGUGGAGGAGAUACACAGGGCUCUCUGCUUCGAGUUCAUGGGAAAUGGGAGCCUUGCAAAGUAUAUUACUGAGGAAGAUGAUGGACUUGAUUGGGACAUGCGUUACAGAAUUAUAAAGGGCUCCUGCGAGGGUCAACAUUACCUUCAUGAAGGAUCCGAACAACCAAUUUACCAUCUGGACUUAAAACCUGACAACAUAUUGCUGGACGAGAAUAUGAUGCCAAAACUAGCCGAUUUUGGUUUGUCCAAGUUCUUUGAUGGAGAACUAACUAUGACCGCAACAAGUGUUAUAGGCACACGUGGAUAUAUGCCGCCGGAGUACCUAUUCGGACGAAAGGUCACGAAGAAAUUUGACAUAUUCAGCCUGGGUGUCAUAAUGACUAAGAUAAUUGCUGGGCCUGAAGGCCCCUCCAGAAGGGAUGAAAUGUCUUACAUGAAGUUUAUUGAUCAAGUACAGAGAAAAUGGAGGAACAGGUUGCGAAAAAAAUGGCACGCUUCCAGACCACUACAAGCAUAUUGCCAACAAGUGAAAACAUGCAUUGAAAUAGCAGUGUGCUGCAUGGAGACUGAUAGGAACAAAAGGCCCAGUAUACUGGAGAUCAUCCAGAAACUGAAUGAGACUGAAUCUUUGGUCGAAGAGUUCAAAAAUGACCGCAGUGAUCACGGACGGACAAGAGUACACAGGACCACGCGUGGAAAGUCACAGGAUGAAGUUAUGACUUUAAGUACGAAGACAAGCGAAGCUACUGAGCUAACACAACUAACUAUUCGGCAACUUCAAAAGAUGACAGAUAAUUUCUCUGAGGACCGUAAAAUUGGAAAAGGGACAUAUGGAGAAGUUUACAGGGGAUUGCAAAACAACGGAGAAGAGAUUGCCGUGAAGUUAAUUCGCAAUGGCUCACAUGCAGAGACCGACACACGAUUCCAACGAGAGUUUGAAAACCUUAUGAUGCUCAACCAUCAAAACAUUGUACCCUUAGCUGGGUACUGCUAUGAAACACAACGGGAACCUAUUGAGUACAAGGGGAAAAAAAAAUUUGUUCACAAAGAAUACAGAGCACUCUGCUUUCAGUACAUGAAAAAUGGGAGCCUUCAAAAGCAUCUUUCAGAUGAAUUACAUGGUCUUGACUGGCAGACACGGUAUGAAAUUAUCAAGCAGAUCUGCAAAGGUUUAGAAUACCUUCACGAAGGAUUAGAAGAACCCCUAUACCAUUUGGACCUAAAACCCGAUAAUAUACUACUAGAUGAGAACAUGUUACCAAAACUGACAGGAUUUGGUGGUCUGAGCCCGCUCUAUGACAGUAAAGAAACCAUGGUAACAGAAGAUUCUACAGGAACACUUGGAUAUCUUCCCCCAGAAUUCCUUUCAAAGAAAAUAAUCUCGACGAAGUUUGACAUAUUCAGCCUGGGUGUUGUGAUGACAAAGAUAAUCGCAGGGCCAGGAGGCCCUGCCAAAUAUUCUGAAAUGGCGCGUCAAGAGUUUAUUGAUCAAGUAUGUGAAAACUGGAGGAACAUGUUGGCAACAUGGAGUUCUUCCUGGCCACUAGAAGCAUACUGCAAGCAAGUGAAAAUAUGCACCAGGAUAGCACUGAGCUGCAUGGAUGAUGAUAGGCACAAAAGGCCCAGUAUAGUGGAUAUCAUCGAUAAACUGAAUGAAACUGAAACUGAGAUUGACAAGGCAUUUUUAUGGAUGCAUGGAGACUUGGUAAAGUUAAAUGCAUUCUCCAGAAGUGAAGCAAUUCCGUUUGCUGAGACAUGCAAUAAGUUCCCCAUCCUUGUGGAGAUCAUGGUGCCGGCAUGGUGUCUCCAGGAGGAGAUGCCGCGCGCCGGCGUGGACGUCGUUCUAGUGUUUGGCAUAAACAGGACCGUGUCUUCCAGGUCGACUGUGAAUGAUAUCAAGGAGGCCAUGGCGAUCGCUAUCGACAAGCUCGGACAGAACGACCGGCUCUCAAUUGUAUUGUUGGGUACCCAUUCGCAGCGCCUAAUGGAGCUGACGUACAUGUCCAAGCAAGGUCAAGAUGUUGCCAGGCUGAAGAUCAAGGGGCUGGUCGCCGAGCAUGCGAAAAAUGUGGGCGCCGGUUUGCUAGAGGGAGCUCAGAUUCUGAGGGGGCGUGAAGUGGAGAAGGGCAACAGCCGCGUAGGCUGCAUCAUGUUUCUGUCGCAUGGCGAUGACGAGGCAAUCCUCACGCAGGAAAUUAGCUCUGAAUUCCCAGUGCACACCUUUGGUCUGCAGGGCCAUGACCCGGAGGUGAUGAAGUACAUUGCGGACAAGACCUCCGGCACCUACUCCUUCUUGAACCAGCUUGACAUGUACGAGAUGAAGGAUGCAUUGGAGCUAUUCCUCACCAGCAUCAGGAAGGUCACCGCAACGACGGUCAAGAUCACCCUCGAAGCUCGCGAGGGUGUCACUAUAUCAUCGAUCGAGUCCGGCGGCUACAGUAACCAUGUCAGCUCCGACAAACGAUCUGGUGAGAUAUACACCCACGACAUCUACGCCGGCGAACGGAAGAACUUCGUCGUCUACCUGGAUGUCGCGGAGGGCGAGGAGAAUCUCAUGACCAUUGGCUGCCAGUACCAGAGCCUUGACAUGAGAAGGGAGCUUGCGGCCACGGACGUGUCUGUCUUGCGACCAAGGCAGGAAUGCUCGGCCGGCGAGUUAGUCAUCCACCGUGAGGUGGCACUGGAGCUCGCUCGGAUCCGGCUUGCCAAGGGCUUGUCGGCCUUGAUCGCGCAUGGUCGGCGCCUGACCCUUUACGACAUGGAACAACUGUGGGACGACAGGGUGAGUUUGUCCAUGGAGGGUCACGGUACACACAGCGAAACCCUGUCAGACCUCGGCAAGGAUAUGGCUGAAAUAACCAAGUACACGUCCUAUCAGUAUAGGAACCCUAAGAAGGUGCCUUACAUACAGUCGUGGCUGAGUUCCCACAAGUGGCAGCGUGCAACCACCAAGGGCUCAUGCACUGACUCUAAUGCUUUCAACCUAGCGCAACUCAGUAUCUCCGGGCAGGAUGAAGAUCAUCCAAAUUAG